AUGACGAUGAACAGCACGUGUGUCGAAGAACAGCAUGAUCUGGAUCACUAUUUGUUCCCAGUGGUCUACAUAUUUGUGUUUAUAGUCAGCGUCCCAGCCAAUGUUGGAUCAUUAUGUGUAUCCUUUCUGCAAGCAAAGAAAGAAAAUGAGCUAGGAAUUUACCUCUUCAGUUUGUCGCUAUCAGAUCUGCUGUAUGCACUAACUCUGCCUCUGUGGAUCAAUUACACUUGGAAUAAAGACAACUGGACCUUCUCUCCUGCCUUAUGCAAAGGAAGCGUUUUCUUCACAUACAUGAACUUUUAUAGCAGUACAGCAUUCCUCACCUGCAUUGCCUUGGACCGCUAUUUAGCAGUUGUCUACCCUCUGAAGUUUUCUUUCCUAAGGACGAGAAGAUUCGCGUUCAUGACCAGCCUGUCUAUCUGGAUACUGGAGUCCUUCUUUAACUCUAUGCUUCUGUGGAAAGAUGAAACAAGUGUUGAAUACUGUGAUUCGGAGAAGUCUAACUUCACUCUGUGUUAUGACAAAUACCCUCUGGAGAAUUGGCAGAUCAACCUCAACCUAUUUAGGACGUGCCUGGGCUACGCAGUGCCUUUGAUCACCAUCAUGAUCUGCAACCAUAAAGUAUAUCAAGCUGUGCGGCACAACCAAGCCACGGAAAACAGCGAGAAGAGAAGGAUCAUAAAGUUGCUGGCUAGCAUCACGUUGACUUUCGUCCUAUGCUUUACCCCCUUCCAUGUGAUGGUGCUCAUCCGCUGCAUUUUGGAGCGCAAUAUAAACCUCAGUGACAAGUCUGGAAAGCAGACUUUUACGGUGUACAGAGUCACAGUGGCACUGACAAGUCUAAACUGUGUCGCUGAUCCAAUUCUAUACUGUUUCGUGACUGAGACAGGGAGAGCUGAUAUGUGGAACAUAUUAAAAUUGUGUACUAGGAAACACAAUAGAUCACAAGGACAAAAAAGGGACAUACUUUCUGUGUCCACAAGAGAUACCAUAGAAUUACAGAUUAUAGGGUAA